AUGGCGGACCACAAGGACAAGUCUCAGAAGGGCAAGAAGACCCGAUCUGCCCUUAACGAUGUUGUGACCCGCGAGUACACCGUCAACCUUCACAAGCGCGUCCACGACGUUGCCUUCAAGAAGCGCGCUCCCCGCGCCAUCAAGGAGGUCGUCGCUUUCGCCCAGAAGGCCAUGGGCACCAAGGACGUUCGCCUGGACCCCAAGCUCAACCAGGAGGUGUGGAAGUACGGUGUCAAGAACUUCCCCCGCCGAUUGCGUGUGCGUCUCGAGCGCAAGCGUAACGACGACGAGGGUGCCAAGGAGAAGCUCUACACCUACGCCGUCCCCGUCCUCGGCCUCGGCACUGCCAAGGGCCUCCAGACCACCGUCAUCGACCAGGAGUAA